CCGUGUAUGUAGUACGUUCGUUUCGCGGUAACCUUUUUCCAUUAACACCAUGGCCGCUUUCAUGUGGAUCUGUGCCGUUGUGGCAAUUCUCUCGGUGGCGCGCGGACUUCCGUUGGACGGUCCCCUGGAGCCGUCAGAUGAAUUCCACGAACAGCCGCCGAUGAAAGCGAAUGCCACUGCUGGGCUCAACGUGACCGUCGGAUCUGCGAAUUCAACGGCUGCUCCUGGUAACGCAACAACCACGUCCAAACCGAGCGCCGAGAAUGCAACCACGGCAUCACCGGCAAACGUUACAAGCAACGCGACAGAGUCCGUUCCCAAGCCGACCACGCCCUCAUCCGCUAACUCUACCACCGGAUUCAAUGUCACUGAAUCACCUGUGGAUGUCGAUAACGCAACGCUAAUUCCUGAUGGGGAAUUCGACAACAGCACCAGUUUCGAAAAUUCUACUAUGGGUUUCAACGUCACCGAGUCUCCCAUCGAUACUGAAAACGCUACGGUAACGGCUGAUUUCGAACUCGACAACUCAACCAACUUCGAAAAUUCCACUUCCGGUUUUAAUAUCACCGAAUCUCCUAUUGACAUCGACAAUGCAACGCUAGUUCCUGAUGGGGAAUUCGACAACACAACGAAUUUCGCCAACUCCACCGGCGACGGGUUCAACGUCACGGAGUCGAUCCUGGAUGCCGAAAACGCAACGGUGACCUCGGAUAUCGACCUGGAAAACUCGACGUUCCCUGAAACCACUCCCGAAUGCAAUACCGGUAAUGCGACAGCGGCGUGCAAUUCCACGGACGAUGGCGGUUUCGAAGAAUUGACGACAUUGGGUUUUAACUCCACAGAGCCGGGAAAUGUCACCGAAAGUACCCUGGAUGUGACAACCAUCGAUGCUAACUCCACCGCGACUACUGACGAGGAAAUGAUAACGCUGAGCCCGAUCGAAACCGGGAAUGCGACGGAGAGCGGAUCAGUGCAACCGGAAGUCACCACCGACAGCGUGCCGGGUAAUUCCACGGAUCUGUCGGUGUCCACCACGGAGACGGCCGUUAACGGGACCACCGAAUCGAGCAAUUCAACGACACAUUCGCAUUUGCGAUGGGUACACGCUACAAAGACCACCACACCGGCGCCCGACGACAAGUUUACGGUCGCCAAACCCACUAUACCCGCUGGAAAGGGGGUGCGCAUUUGCACAUGGAACGUUUUCCGCUUUGGUCCCAAAAAAUUCGACGACGACUCAGAUGAUUUUCCGAAAAAAUAUGGCAAGCCAAAAAUCCAUAUGAUGAUCGAGCAAAUCUCCAACUGCGACCUGUUGGCGCUGCAAGAAUACUUUGAUCCAACGCUGGGUGUGCUGAAUCGAUUGGUAAGAGCGUUGUCAAAAAAUACCGGAUCAGCAUGGAAUUACACGGUGAGCGACCGUGUCGGGCGUACCUCGCAGGAGCAAUAUGUCUUUUUAUACCGAACGGAAGUGGCGCAGCAUCAGGACAACGAAAUCUGUCCCGACCCGGACGAUGUGUAUAGUCGUGAUCCGUACUUUGCCAAAUUCAAAAUCCUCAAAAAGGAUACAUGCUUUUCCGAUAUCGUUCUGGGCACCAUCCACACAGAACCUGAGAAAGCCGUGGAAGAAAUGAACGAACUUGUUAAAUCAUACGACUGGGCGGAAAAGAGGUUUGGAACGAAGAAUGUUAUGGUAACGGGUGAUUACAACGGCGACUGCCAGUAUGUGCGCAAAUCCGAGUGGCCCAAUGUGAAAUUGUUUACGGACCAGAGGUUCAAGUGGAUGAUUAAAACCGGCACCGACACCGCAUCCAUGGCUUCCGAAUGCACAUUUGAUCGAGCUGUGGUGCGGGAGGACAAACUAUUCAAAUGUUUUGUCGAUGUGAAAGUUUUGGAUUUUGUCGACAAGUACAAGAUUAAAGUCGCGGAAGCCCGGCAGCUGAGUGACCAUUUCCCAGUAGUACUCAACUUCAACUGAAGCAAGAGCACGUUCCCAUCAGUAUUGUCCAGCUAGCACUUGUUGCCGGGGUUUUACACUGACAAAAUAUCCGUUUACAUCUUUGCAUUAAAUCGACACAUACGUCAUAUUUUUGUUACUGAGUUGACCCCGUGGUGCAUAUUAUGAGUUAACAUUUUUGUUGCAACCGGCAGUAUUCGAUGCGUGUUACUGCAACAUGUGGCGCAUUCCGCGUAUAAAAUAACACGGCAACACAGAACAAGAAUAAAAAAUUCACUGGUCUUUGGGAACUUUUCGUUGCGAGCGGGCGGGUGAUAAAAAUUAAGGUGAAGGCUCCGCAUACCUUCACGAAAAAUUAAUAACUGUUACCUUUGAA